UGACGUCAUAAUAGUUGCCUUGUUGAUAAAAUUCGUCAAGAAUUUCCGUUCCUAUUCUAUCCCUAAUAUAAAUUCUGCAAAUGAAAAUGGAACCUCCUACCCAGGAAAUCCGUUCUUCAAUCAGCAGCAAUUUCUGUGAAUCGGAGUGGUCCAUCAGCUCGCCAAAUGACACCGACACGGAAGGAGAACUAACUCCUACAUCAAUGUUGCAAGAAAAAAUGCAAAGUUUAUCACCAGCGUGCAUUACUGCUGAAAAGUACCACUAUGUGGAUACACAAUCUGAAAACGAUGCUAUAUCAAGCACACGCUGUAGUGAAAAUAGCUCUAAUGAAAAUAUCAAUGACAGAUGUUACUUUGAAAACUCGUUUCCAUUUCACAUUGUAAGAUAUGGGAUUCCAGAGCUCUCAAAGAGCAGGGGAUCAAACAGAAGUAAUUGUUCCGAAAGCAGCAUGAGUAGUGCCUAUUCAGAAUAUAUUCCAAUCUCUCAACCGGAGAGAGUCCAAUUAAGGUUUAGCACAAGAAUCGACACAGCAGAGAUGUGUCACUACAGUCCCUCAAGUGUCAUCUCUCACUUACCGGUAGAGCUCUUGCGCUGUCAACCUACAGGCAAAAAAUUUUGUUGUUUAAGGUCUGCCAGACAAUAUACUCUGAAGAAAUAUGCAAGAAGAAACAAAUUGGAAUGCACUUGUCUCGAUGGAACUUCUGAGUUCUCACGAAGUCAUCAACAUCUUUCCGUCUGUGAUGUAAAAGAACAUAAUGUUUUUGAUAUCAGAGCAUUGAACAGUUUUGGAAAUUGGUUUAGUAAUUUUCCCAAGGAUAAGCAGGAAAGUUAUAGAGUCAUGUUAGCACUCAUUGGUAAUACUCCAAUUCGUUGUACAUGUAAACCAAUUCGUUGUACAUGUAAACCAUUCCAGCAAGACGAUAUGGAUAAAAUUGAAGACGUCUUUGGUGCUUUAAGUGCGGAUGGUGUUGAGGGCAAUAAACUCAUUGUUAGCAACAACGACAGUGAUAUCCUUCAAAUCACCGCACAUAAAGCCAGUCCAAACGAUGGUGAAAUGGAAAAUUUGGCAGUCCAGAAAGCUGCGACCGCGUCAAACAUGAGCCAAGGGAGGAAUAAGUCGGCUUACUUUGCAAAGAACUCCCUUCAAAGUAGGAAGAAAUAUGAGGCAAAAAGAACAACAAUAAACAGAAAAUUUUCUAAAUUUAGUGAGGAAAAAAAGAAACCAGUGAUUGAGAAUCAAAAUUGUGUAAACAAUAAAAGAAAACUCAUAACUAAGAUCGGUUACGCCAGAAAACAAAGACAUUACUCAAAAAUAAAUACUAAAGUUCUUUCAAACCAAAAGGCGAUGAAUACAACCAAAAAAGUCAAUCCGUUUCAAGGUGAAAAUACAACAAUGAGAAAAGUAAAACCAAUUUAUCCUAGCAUAAGUCUUGAAAACGAGAAUGGAUACUUUGAAUCUGAGAAACAUAGAGAGGGUUCCGGUAAACUACAUUGUGCAGAGAAGGACAAUAUGUCAUUGCCUGGGCAAGCUGAAAAGAAUGUCUUCAAAGAUUUUGAAGACAGCAAUGUCAGAAAAUGUUUGAAUUCAUUUUCUCCGUGCAAAAUUGAUAGAGAAAACCUGAUUAUUGUUGAUGAUGAAGAUAGUCAAUAUAAAGAGGAAACACACUUCAGUGUCAUUCCGAAGUAUGUGCAUCGGACAGAAAGAGUUCAAAGCAUGCCAUUUGCAAACAUCCUUCCAAAGGUAAAUACUCGAGGCUUAAAUAAGGAUAAAGAACGACACAGUAAUCCAAAUACUGAGCGAUUGAGCACAUCAAAUCCAUCUCUGAAAGUAUCUGAUUUUCAGUUCAGACAAGAUGAAAAUUGUAGGAACCAAGAAAACGUCCAUCCUGUUGCAAAGUCGCGUUUCCCCGUUCUCGCAAAUGGAUGCUUUCCAAAGAAAGGAAACAAGGGUAUUUACACACAUGAUGUUCCAGGAAAAUUUACUUCCCGGGUUCCUUCCACUGCAAAAGAAGACGACUGUACAUGUAUUGGUAUUAACCUUCCAACCGCUGCAAAAGAAGCAAAAGAAGACGACUGUACAUGUAUUGGAAUAAACUCCAGAAAGAAAACAAUUGUCGGAUAUGUCCCUGGUUAUGGAGCACUACGUAUGAAUUCAAACAGUGUUAAACCUGUUAAUAGUGUUUAUACUGUCAACGAUUCCGAUUACCAUUCCAGAAAGAACAAAAUGUACUCUGCCAAGGAAUACAGGCAAAUUAGAGUAGAACCUGCGCAAGCAAUACCACGCACAUCUUCUGUGAGCACGAAGCUGCCCCCAAUCCUUUUUAAACAAGCUGAAGGUAUUCGUCAAGGUGGUGUUAGUGAUAGAAGAAAUGUUGUCAUAAAGAAGACAAAAAAUAAACGUGGCGUUGAUAUCCUGGAAUCCCGUGCCAAAGCGAGACAAUUCAACACUUAUGUAGAAGCCAGUGCAUCCGCAAGAUUUGAACGUCAGUUCGCUGCGGAUCUUUAGUUACUAACUAUAGUUUCUUGACUCUCUUCAUUCAGUAACCAAGUUUAAUUCGUGAAGUGCAAUUAUCGAUGUGUGCUGACAAUGAAUUGUAGAUUGGAAACACUAAUUCUAUCAUAUCUGAA